UAAGUAACGGGAAUGCCCCGUACAAAAAAAGUCACCUCUCUAAAAAGAAUGCAUCGUUUACCGUCUCUAAGUUCCUUCGUUCUGUGACCACUGCGCGCAAAGCUUGCAGGCCAUGGCUUCUUCCCUACCAUUCUCUCUCCUCACUCUGCUCUUCGUUAUCACUGCCAUUCCAUGUUUCUCUGAGGUUAUAUUUGAGGAGGGAUACACAGUCGAAACUGUGCUAGACUUCAAUAACAAGAAGAUUGAAGAUCGCGAAAUUUUUCCCUUCUCUUUGCAGCCUCUUCCUCAAGGCUUGGUUCUUCUGGACUCGGUUAAAAGCGCCUUCUUUACCAUUGCACUGCCUCUCUCUCUAGAGAGUGAUGUUAGGCUUUUAUCUGGUGAUGGGAAGGAGGGUUUCUCUGAUGGAGAUUUAGGGACCGCAGAAUUCAACCACCCACGAAGCUUUGCGGUUGAUUCUGUUGGGAACAUCUAUGUUGCACAGAGGAGUGACAAUACAAUUAGGAAGAUCAGUAAAAAGGGUGUGACAACAAUAGCUGGAGGUUCUGGAUCUCCUCCUAAGCCAGGUCAUGCAGACGGGCCUGGCCAAAAUGCAACAUUUUCUAAUGAUUUUGACUUGGUCUUCAUUCCAAAUAUGUGCUCCCUACUGGUUUCUGAUAAGGCCAGUAGAUUAGUACGUCAAAUAAAUUUGAAGCCAGAGGAUUGUGCACAACCCACCCAGUCAGAGUUGGGUAUGGCUUCAAUCUCCAUCAUAGCAGCCAUAUGUUUGAUGUGUUUGCUUAUUGGCUUAAUCGCGGGGUUCAUGGCACGACGAUUUAUCGUCUCUCAUGAAGGGCUCACUCGCCUUUGGUUCAGCAAGACAUGGAAGCGCUUCCUAAUCCAACUGGGGAGUCAAGCACCGAUAACCUUCUUCGACAUCAGAAGCGCAGCUGCUAAGUCUCCAUUUUACAAGCUUUUGGGUAGGGUUGUAGGUUUGAGCAUUUCCCAAUUUUCUCUUAUGUUCAGAAUUCCUAGAGUGAGAGAGAGUCCCAAAAGGGUAGAAAUCUCUCUAAUGGAUUCAGAUGUGGAUAGCCACGUUUCUGUGAAUUCUCAAACUCCAGCCGAUCCAUUGGCUGAUCUGAUGAAUUUUGAUGGGGCCAUGGAUGGAUUCAUAGUGGAGAGAGAAUCACCUAGCCGAACGAUAUUAGAGAGAGAUUCCAUUGAAGUGGGUAGUGAGAGACUUCAGUCUGCAAGUUAUAAUAAACCAAAGAUAGCCAAAGUGAUCGAGGAAAGCAUCUCAAAAUUCGAUGAUGAAGCAAAAGACGGAGUUUGUAGUGAAAGGAAUCUCAGUAGUUCAUCUUUGGUCAGUAGAAGGUCAAAAGUUGGGAGGUAGUAUUCCUUACUUUUAGUUUAGGUGUUGUUUAUUCCAUAUUGUUAGGGGCAUUUUGGUGAUUUGUAAAUGGCUUUGGUUGUUAAUGAGGGGAUUCCAGUUGGUUCCAAUCUGAAAAAUUGAGAGUUUGUAUGACUAAGUUGAUCUUGGCAACUUUUUUACUUUUUUGGUGAAAGUGGGGAAGGAUGGCAAAUAGUAAUCCCUCAAAUGGUAUUUACUGUGAGGA